AUGCGAGAGAUCCCACCAGACACCCCAACUGUUUCCACACCACUUGGUGACUUCCCUUGGACACCUGGACAAUGGCUCAAACUAGAGUCAGUGGACGAUGACAGCACAGGCGAGGACAUGCAGACUUUUCCAGACCAGACAUUUGAGGUGUACAAUACCGCAAUGGCUCAAAUCGCUGGACUGUCCGAUAUCAAGAUUUUAGAGCCGUUGACCUUUAGGCUGAAAGUGGACUGGGGCACUGCGACAGAGAAAGAAAAGCAGAUGUGCGAAGAGAAAGUUGACGACGCCUGUCGGGCAGUGUGUAAAGUGAUCGCACCAAGCUCUAGCGAGGAGUUGCUGAAAUCGUACGUGAAGCGUGCUUCCAGGUCAGAUAAAGAGGUCGAGGCACUGACGUCAGCCUACAGGCAAGCACCAACCAAGAAUCUGAAAACACAGAUCCUAAGUAUAUAUGCCUUGCGCUAUACGUCAAACGAACUGAAGGCAAUGCACGCGCCCUUUGAGAAGCUCAGUGAUCGCCAAAUAAAGAAAGCAAGAACACAUGCAAAAACUGUAGGAGUUGGGCUCGAAGUUGAAAAAGUUCCUCAUUACAGGGUACGCAUUGAUAGGUCGAAACUAGAACACUUUUUGGAUUUUGUUGACCAGCCUUAUUUUUAUCAAGAUGUUUCUUUUGGAACGAGAACAGUUAAGCUGGACUCAGGUCAGCAGAUGGUUAUGCCUAACGUAGUCAGAACUGUAGGGCGUUCAACAAUGAUUGAGCAAUAUCAUCAGUGGUGCACAGAAGAAGACUAUCAGCCUUUAGGCAGGUCCACCUUAUACAGGAUAUUGAAAGUGCGAGAGGCAUCACAGCGCAAGUCACUCCAGGGCUUAGAUAACACGGCAUCAAGUGGAGCAGAAGGCUUUGACACCCUCAAUAAAAUAGUGGAUGACUUGGAGCAGUGUGGUGCACGCCAUAAAUGGUGCGAGGGAUCUCGGGAUAAUCUAAAGGGAGCAAAGCGCUACUUAAAAACGAGCUACCGUGCGCACUGUCGUGAAGACAGCGACAAUCUGUGUGCUGAGCACUGCAGAGAACACGCACUUAGCGAUACGCAGUGCUUAGAGUUCAAGACAUCCUGUACUCAUGAUCAUAUGGAGCUGUGUGAAAGCUGCGACAGUCUCAGGAACACACUGGGCUCUGUUUUGUCUGAGAUUAAAGGUUCACAAGAUGUCCAGUUCUACAGCAGAGACCAGCAAGAAGACAUGUUGUACGAUGCUGCUCAAGCACAGGACAUGGUUCUCCAGUGGAAGGCCCACAUCCUAAGGGCAGAGAAUCAAGAUCGCGCGAAAACUGAUGCCGUUAAUUGCCUUCAGAGUGAUACCAUUCUCAUAGUGAUGGAUUGGGCCAUGAAGUUUAUACAGAUGAAAUACCGCGAAAACAAUCAGAAUGGUAUGGAAAGCGUGGGAUGAACUGGCAUAUAAGCUGUGUCCUAUCAAAACCAGCAGACAGAGAACAGCUUGAGGUUACUUCUUAUGUGCAUCUCUUUGACAAUUGUGCCCAAGACUCUUACACAGUUUACGCGAUAAUUAAGCAUCUCUUGAAGACUCUGAAAAUCGCCAACCCGCACAUCAGCAAAGCCUUGCUGCGUUCAGAUGGAGCUGGAUGUUAUCACAACAACAACCUGAUUGCUGCUUUGAAUGAGGUUCACGUUCAUACUGGCAUAAGUGUGUUAAGGUAAUUGCUUUAUUGUUUAUAUCUCUUAUUGUACAUCGUAAACAUUUUACUACUCCGAGAUAUCAGCUCAAGGAACAAACAUGCUACAUUCAUAUAUUUCAUAACCUCUGUGCGCUAAGUAGCCACGUGCGUAUUUUUUAUUCUCCAUUGCGUUUCACUGCAGAGAUCAUAAACUCGUCACUCUGGAUACCGAAAUAUGCAUGCGCCGGAUGUGAUUUGUAUAAAAGAAAACGGGGAAAGUAAAAUUCAAUUCUUAUCAAGGGGGAUGUUUGUUUCGAUACUUUAAGGAUUAAUCAGAUAACAACAACUUCCAGUAAGCGCUUUCACCCUUGAUUUCUAGGUAUGACUUUUCGGAGCCGCAGUUCGGGAAGGAUGUGUGCGACCGCAUCAUCAGCCCCCUGAAGGGCGUGGUCAGACGCUUCUGUAACGAGGGUAAUGAUAUCCUGUCGGCGGCAGACAUGCGUGAAGCGCUCAAGGUCCGACCAGUGAAGGGAUGCACAGCUGCUGUUUGCGAGAUAGAGCGCACUGAUCAAGAAAUCAAGGUAAACCGCAUCCCAAACUUUAGCACCUUUCACAACUUUUCAUAUGAGGGAACUGGGCUGCGAAUGUGGAAAGCCUAUGAUAUUGGAGCUGGAAAACUCGUGCUGUGGUCAGACCUAGACGUCCAAGUUCCCGGUGCAAUAACCUUGAAACCUGCCACCAACCAACUACAGUUCUGGGAUGUUCAACCUAGGUGUGUAAAACUACAAGGAAAGACGAACCAAAGUGUAAAGCUUGACACAGAAACUGCGCUAUUCGAAUGCAACGAAGCCGGCUGCUCACAUUCAUUCGAUAACUAUGAUGCCUUACAGGACCACAUCAACUUUGGCAAUCAUGAUCCCAUCAGCACAAAUCAAGAAAGUGUUUACGACAAGUUGCGUCGCGAGUGGGUUCGGAAAUUCUCAGCAAUGUCAGUAAGUGAGCAGAAACCGAAGCAGCCUACAUCAGCAAAAAAGCACUAUGACAGCAACUCAUGCGGAGUCUUCUGAAGCCGGAUGGGCCUUGCAGAAACCGAGGGGUAGUGGGACAAGGUUCUCAGAGAACGUAAAGUUAUAUCUCCAAGCCCGAUUUGACGUCGGAGUACAAACUGGAAGAAAGUCUGAUCCAGUUCAAGUGUCAGCGGAUAUGAGAAGCGCCAAAAACCAAGACGGCACUAGAAAAUUCUCGAGAGACGCAGUGGCUGACGAAGAUACAAGUUCAAGCCUUCUUUUCCCGACUUGCUGCAGCGCAGAAGAAACAGGUGACUCAGAGACACGUGGAAAAAGACGACGAAAAUACUCUGCUGGAUGA